AUGCAUAUCCUUAUCACCGGCGCUGCCGGCUUCAUUGGCCAACUGCUCGCAAAGGAACUUCUGAGCGACCCAUCCUAUCGCGUCACCUUGACCGAUAUCAACCAACCGCCAAUUCCUGCGGGUGUGCAAUAUCCCCAGAAUGCGAAAGCAGUCAAAGCCGAUCUUCUAAAUGGAGCAAAAGACAUUGUCGACUCUUCCCUAGAUGCCGUCUAUGCCUUCCACGGCAUCAUGUCAUCAGGCUCCGAAGCCAACUUCGACCUAGGCAUGAGUGUGAACAUCGAUGCCACACGCAACUUGCUCGAGGCCCUGCGACACGCCUGCCCAGGCGUGCGGGUUAUCUACUCCUCUAGCCAGGCUGUCUAUGGUCAACCUUUACCAGAGAUUGUCACCGACAGCGUCAUCCCGACCCCAGAGUCCUCCUAUGGCGCUGAAAAGAUCGUCUGUGAGACCCUGGUGAAUGAAUAUACUCGCCGCGGUUUCAUUACAGGCUUUACGCUGCGAUUCCCUACCAUCUCCGUUCGCCCUGGUGCGCCGACCGCCGCGGCGUCAUCUUUCUUGUCGGGUAUGAUUCGGGAACCUCUCGGCGGCCAAAAGUGCAUUAUUCCGAUUGAAGAUCGACAAUUUAAGUCAUGGCUCUGUUCGCCCAAGAUACUGGUUCAAAAUCUUUUUAUCACACUCCGCCUUCCUGCCGACUCGGUUCCCCUACACAUCCGCCAGAUUAACGUACCGGGCAUUUGUGUCACAGUUCAGGGCAUGAUGGAUGCAUUGGAAAAGGUGGGCGGCAAGGAAGCAUUAGCCCUUCUCACCGAAGAAGAGGACCCUGCCGUAAUUCCAAUUCUGAAGUCUUGGCCAACACAGUUUGACAACACUCAGGCUAUUUCCUUGGGCUUCAAGCGUGACGAGUCAUUUGAGCAGACUGUGAGAGACUAUAAGCAGGGAUUGCAGUGA